GAAGGUGCAGCUGGUCUGAUAGCGAAGCCGCUCUCCGCGAACGCAGAUCAGGUCUACGAAGCUACCGGGUAUGGAUAUAUAUGACAGCGCCAUGUGCACCCAUACAGACGCAGAAAAGCACUCAAGAAGACCUCAAGCCUCUUUCUCCGCCGGAUCCAACCCUCUCCGUGGGUACACCUACAGUUGAGGCUGUACGAAGAGUGUCAUCCAGACGCACGAUCCACGUCGUUUCUCUCUGUGAUUGCAUGCCAAUCUCCAGCCCAACAUGCCCAAUACAUGUGCGAAAUGCAAAGGCCCUGCGAUGCGCAGAUGCAGUGGCUGUACCGCAUCCGAGUCCCCUGCUUGGUACUGCACACCGCAGUGUCAGAAGACUCACUGGCCCGAGCACCGCUACGAAUGCGGCCCAACGCGCGAAUUGACGACCGCUGACCACCUGGUCCGCGCUGUUCACCGAGGACGCAUGCCCGACGACACCGCUACCGUGUUCCAGUAUGGCCUAGCCGCCGCAUGGACGAAGUCGGCCGCAAUCCUCUUCGAGGUGUACGUCAGCGUCAUCCGCGACCUCGGAGUCUCAGCGAAGAAGAUGCACCAGUGGCGUCUGUCUGGUCCACGCCGACUGCACAGCGAGCUCGUGAAACGGCUCGAACUGCAUCCGGGCGAACGGCAACGAUUCCUCCAUACCUGGCUUGCGCAGAAGCCUUGGAUCUUCGAACGCCUCAGCAGCGAUCGCGAGCCGACUACGAUGUUGGCUGGCAUACCUCCCGAGCUCAUUCGCCAAUAUGCAUCGCCUGCCCUUCGCUACGCGGGACUUCCCGAGUGGUAUACCGCCGAUGACAUCAGGAAUUCUGGCAUGCCAGACUUCUGGUAUUAUUGUUUCUGCCUCUACGUUGUGCUGCUUCCACCGCACCUUCAACGUGUGCCUGGAAACCUAUUCGACUGGGUCUGUUUCGGGUUCUGCACCUGCUACGACGACGAGGCAGAGAUGCGGUUAUGUGAUCUCUAUGGCGAGCUCCUGGAUCGCUGCUCCUUCGAUGAAUUCUACGCCGCCACUAGAACCGCUUCCCUGGCCUCCUUGUUCAACAAGCACGGUCUAGGGGCAGGGAUGCGAUCAUUCCCGAAUUUGGAGGACAUGCUCCGCACAUCUCCCGUGUCAUACCGCAUUGUCUACCUCCUCAAACAAUACGUGCUCUGGGAGAACGUCAAAUUGUACGACCAUGUGGCCAGGACCUUUGGCUUCGCAUACUGCCGCGGCGAGAGAGAGAUGACUGAGCUCAAGGGCUUGUACAGACGGCUGUUCGUCGAGAAACGCGUCGAUCCACUGGUCUUACAUCAGGCGGCUGCGAAGGGGAGGCUCUACGAAGUAGCCGACGAAUCCUGCGGUUUCAGAGGUGCCGAGAAGGCGCUCUUCCGCAGGUUGUUGAAGGAAGGGUGUCCGAGAUUCGUCCCUGAGGAUGAGCUUUACGGUUACUACUAUGGCACGAGCAAGCCGGAAAUCGACCUACUCGACCUCAUCAAUGGGACGGCCUCGAUAAUUUUGUGACGAAGGUGUAACGAAUCGCCAACUCUCCUGCGUCUUGAUCACGUUCGACCUGUACAAAAUAAUGGCUAGGUAUAUCAAUGUCUUGCGUCUGGGGUCCGAAGCACCGGGAGUGGUAUGGGGAUGCAGGAGGCUGAGAUGGUGGUACUAAAAUCGUAGCGCUGCGCGACUCGUACAUCAACAACCGAUCCCGUACUCAGUUGAAACACUUGUCCUCGUAUACAAGUGACUGGACUUGAACUUUGUCUCUCGUAAUAUUGCGAGAUGCGUGGGCAGCGUGUAUAUGGCCAGGAAUGGGGCUGGGGCCGUUGGGCAUGAAUUGAACUUUGAU